UCAGCACUCACCUGCAGGAAGCGCGCGCUGCCGGGGCGAUGGCGCUUGCGGUGGAUUGCAUUGUGAAGCUGGGCGGCGGGGCUUUGACGCACAAGAAGCAGCUGGAGAGGCCGAAAGAGGAGGCCCUGCGGAGGGCGGCCGCCCUGGUCGGGAAGCUCUAUGGAGCCGGAGAGAGGCGCUGCAUUGUCGUCCACGGGGCCGGCUCAUUUGGACAUUUCCAAGCAAAACAACAUAAUGUUGCCUCUGGGACUUCAGAAGGAUCAGCUGCAAGCCCCAGUUUAAGACAAGGACUGUGCUUGACCAGGCUUUCUGUCACAAAGCUGAACCAUCUGGUGAUAGAACAUUUGGUAAGCUGUGGAAUUCCAGCCGUGGGCAUUUCGACAUUUGGAACCUGGAAAACAGCAUCCAAGAAUGUCACUCAGGAUGGAAUUGAUGCUGUGAAAGAAGCUUUAGAUGCAGGUUAUGUGCCAGUUUUACAUGGAGAUUGUGCUCUGGAUUCAGAACAACAUUGCUGUGUCUUAUCUGGAGAUACCAUUAUUGAGGUUCUAGCUAAGAAGUUCUCUCCUAGGCGAGUUGUGUUUCUCACAGACGUGAAUGGAAUUUUUAGCUGUCCACCUGACACACCAGGUGCUAAACUUCUAGAUCGUAUUAUUAUUAAUCCUAAUGGAACUAUGGAACCACACAUUCUUACAUCUAUGUUGCCACAUGACACAACUGGAGGUGUGUCUAUGAAGUUGCAAGCUUCUGUAAACAUAGUUUCUCAGAGCCAUGGAGCCAUUCCUGUUCUCAUCUGCAAACUGGACAGUGAUGCAGCUGAAAAAGCUUGCCUGACAGGGGAGUUGAUGGAAGGUGAAGGCACAAAGCUUUUCUUCAAGGAAGCAUGAAGAUAUCUCUGUUAAGUUAAGCAAGAGGCGAGUUAACCAAGUUGGUACAGUUUGGACAUUAUAAUUGUUCGUAGAAUUUACUAAUGACAGUCACAAUCAAUUUCAAAUACCUUAAAUUAAGGAUUCUUUGUUACUCUAUUUACGCUGACUUGAGCAUGGUGACAUAUAAGCCACCGCUAUUAAUUUUUACUAUUUAACAAAUAUUUUUUUCAAAUAUUCUUUCCAUUCCAUGUGUGUUGACAAGGGAAGUUUGUAAAGAAGCUAUAAAUUUGUUAGAUUGAACAUAUCUACAAGUUCUACACAAUUAGAUUCUCUUAAGUCAUGCACUCACCCCCUUUGAAGACCUUUCCUGUCAAUAUUUCAAUAUCAAGAGUGAUGGGGGCAGGACUGGAUAUGGCAUUAUCCUGGGAUUGGAUAACAGUGGUAGAUCUGGAGCUAUCUCCACCACUCCUGGCUGAAUACCCACUUUGUUUUUCAGCUCCAUGUUUUUUAUGUCAAAACAAGACCUGCAAGAUUAAAGAAAGGCUUUUAGGAAAGUGCUUCUCCAUUUCAGAUUUAGGAGUGGUUCUGGAACCUGCAUAAUUAUAGGCAGAGGCAAAAAUGAAUUGUGCUGUUCUGUGAAAGAAAUUACAGAUUUUGGAAAAGAAAAAUUAAGAAGUAGAUGAGGAAAGUGACUUUGAAUAUCCUGCCAAUCUGCUUUUGAGUGUACUCUUAUUGCAGCAAGCUUAUGGUAUCAACAUUGUAGAUACUGAUACAUUCUUCUUAAAUGGCAGACAGACAUUUUUUUUCUUUUAAAAGGCUGAAGUAUACUGUAGGUUGAAAUCUGAAUGUAGAAAAGAGGGAGGCCCUGAAGGAUUAAAAAGAAACAAGGCAAGCCUAAGAGAGAGAGACAAGAUAAGACAGCUAUGAACAAGGUGUUGACAAGUUGUUUCACUCAAAAAAGAUACAAUUUCUUAGAAUCAUACAGUCAUCAAGUUCUCCAUUUAAUGCAGGCAAUUCAACUAGACCAUCCCCAGCAGGUAGCUGUCUAUCAUAUUUUGAUGAAUGGAGAAAAAGGCCCCCAUCAGCUUUCUAGUUAAUUUAUUCCAUUGCUGAACAUCUCUCACUGUUAAGAAAUUUCUUCUAAUGUUCAGUUAAAAUGUACUAUUCUGUCAUUAAAAAUGUGCUCUGGUCCUACCCUCUAGAGCAGUAGAGAAUAAACCUAUAGACCCCUCUCUGUGAUAACCCUUGAGAUAUUUAAGGAGUACAAUCUUGUUAUCUCUCAGUAUUCAAUUUACUAGGAUGAAUAUUUUUAAGUCUCAAAUCCUUUCCUCAAAUGUUUUGUUCUCCACAUGUCUUAUCACCUUGUUGCCUAUAUAUAUAUAUAUAUAUA